AUGAAGCUCCGCUGCUUUUUGUUGCGCUACUACCCGCCGGGUAUUACGCUCGAGUAUGAAACGUCUGCCGGGCUGGUGGGGCAGAAGACGAUUGGGCUGCUGAGCCUCACCCCAACAACACCACUAGAGCCUUUAGUCGAUAAAAUCAUCGCCGAGGAGCCGUUGCUGAACGGCAAGUACCGUGACCAAAUAUUCCUGUACCUGCAGCGGCUCGUAGAGAAGCUCAUCGCUGGCAACAAUCCGAGCCAGACCUUCACCCUCUUCAAGAGUCUGCGUGCGCACAUGCUGCCGCUGACGAACUGCGCCUUCAACAAAAAUGGCGCAAAGUUUGUGACAGGCUCGUACGACCGCACCUGCAAAGUGUGGGAGACGGCGACGGGCAGCGAACUCGUGUCGCUCGAGGGCCACCGCAACGUCGUCUACUGUGUGGGCUUCAACAACCCAUACGGAAACCGCGUCGCCACGGGCAGCUUCGAUAAGACGUGCAAAAUAUGGGACGCCGAGUCGGGCCAGUGCCUGCACACGCUGACUGGGCACGUGACAGAGAUUGUUUGCAUGUCCUUCAACCCGCAGAGCACGCUCAUCGGCACGGGGUCGAUGGACAACACGGCGAAGGUGUGGGACGUGGAAGCGGGCCAGUGCCUGCACACGCUGAUGGACCACACGGCCGAAAUCGUAGCGCUGAACUUCAACACGUACGGCGACCUUAUCGUCACGGGCUCCUUCGACCACACAGCGAAGUUGUGGGACGUGCGAACCGGCACCGUCGUCCACACCCUGCGUGAGCACCGCGGCGAGAUCUCGUCGGUGCAGUUUAACUACGCCUCCAACUUAGUCGUCACGGGCAGCAUCGAUCGCACGUGCAAGCUGUGGGAUAUCUCGUCUGGCCAGUGCGUGUCAACGCUGCGGGGGCACACAGACGAGGUGCUGGACGUGGCCUUCAGCGUGUCAGGCAACAUGGUGGCGAGUGCGAGCGCCGACACGACGGCUCGAGUGUACAACACGGCGACGUGCCACUGCAUUGCCAGCCUGAACGACCACGAAGGCGAAAUUUCGAAGCUCGAGUUCAAUCCGCAGGGAACGAAGAUCAUCACCGCCUCCGGAGAUAAGCGCUGCAAUCUCUGGAGCGUCGAAACAGGCCAGGUCCUGCAGUCACUCGUCGGCCAUACGGACGAAAUCUUCUCGUGCUCCUUCAACUACGAAGGAGAUACGAUAUUGACCGGCAGCAAGGACAACACGUGCAGAAUCUGGAAGAGCUAA